AUGCUCUUGAGAAGUUUGGCACGCGGGGUGUAUGGCAGUCGGGCCGUUCGGCCAAUGACAGCCGUCAGAGGGUUCCAGUCUAUUUAUCAUGCGCCGGUUCCGAUUCUGGACGAGUCGAAACUCGAAACCAAGAUCCUGGCAAAAGCGUACGACAAGUAUGUGCCGGAGCACGGGUUCACGCAAAAAUCAGUGGAUCUUGCUGUUUCUGAGCUCCAAUUAAAGCCCGACAAUUUGUCUGGACUGUUUGGGAUCGGAUUACAGGUCCCUGACGUUGUGAACGAGCUGAUUAUGUACCAUUUGAAGUAUACGAGAGCCAAAUUAGCCGACUAUAGAAACGAGGCAGACAAGUUGGGUACGGAAACAGAGAAAGUGCGGUUUUUCCUCACAAAGAGACUGCUGGACAACAAGCCGAUCAUCAAACAUUACCAUACGGCGCUGGGAAGAAUGGUGCUUCCAUUGAAUGUGAGUACAUUCUUGACAGAGCUACAUAAUCUUUCCGACGACAUCACGUAUUAUUCUGGAGACCGGUCGAACGACUUUGCGUGGUACUCCAAACGGUUUGCAUUAUCCGGGGCCAUUGUCCAAUCGGAGCUGUUCAUGCUGGGCGACACAUCUGCGGAUUUCUCGCCAACCAUCGAGUUUAUGAACGACAAGAUCACUCAUAUCGACACUCUUGGGUAUGCAUACAAUUCUGUUGAGGAAUGGGCGAUAUUCAACGGGAUCAGCCUUCCUACGCCACGACACAUUGUCCAGGACGAGAGUCUGGACCCGUCAUAUGAGAAAGAACCCAUAAUACCAACAAUCUCCGUGGACCAUCACGUUGAUACGCACAGUGACUACUUCAUUGUUGUUCCCGAGGUGUUGAAACCGAUAUACGAGGGCUUUUUGAAGACUGUCGAGUCGAAAGUCGUUUCCUCGAUCAGUGUUAAGUUCCCAGAACUAGAAGACGAGGACGAAAUCGACGAGUACGACGAACAAGAACAGCUCUACAAGUCGUCAAACGCAUUUCUGGCCAAACAGGACUCCAAAACCAUCGAGAUUCGUCAGUUCGUAGCUGCCGGAAACGCAAUUAACGUGCUGUUGGUGCCCAUCUUCAAGAACAAACUGGUUUACAACCUGUUUGCGUCCGCAUUGUUCACUCAUUUUGCCGUCUCCAAGCUGCUCUGUCUGGGAACCAGCGAACUGAACGGAUCAACUAUCAACAAACUGGUCUCGGACAAUUACGAGAAGUUCUCCGAAUCGUCGCUGGUCAGCCAGGUGCCGACCAUGAGACCACCGAAUUUCGUCACCGGAGCAACUGGUGCUCUGAUUUCCCAGGCAAACACACGCCAGGUCCCGGUGGCAGCACUGGUUGUUUCUGCAGAAGGAGCUUUCCAGCUGGAUAUGGAAAAAUACGACCUGGACUCGCUCUCAGACCUGUCGCACGUGCUCGACGACUAUCUCAGUCUCAAGGGCAAAUACAUCAAGACCGUGCAGGACCUUUCCAAAGCCAAAAGAGCCACCAGUGGUAGCAACGCUUUGUACAUAUGA